AUGCUUCUCAUCUUUUUUCUUUUAUUCAAUCUUCAUCUUCUCACUUUCAAUUCUGCUGCUGUUACUACACACGGUGCUGUUGCUGGUCCUAGUGAUAGCAGUACGCUGCUACAUCACCGACACAAUCAUCAUCGUCAUCAUUCUAAUAGGACAAGAACUCAUGCAGUCUCCCCAUCUCCAUCCUCUGUACCAGGUAGCUGUAAAAAGUGUGAGGAACCACUUACUUUGACUCCUAGUAGUACACCUUGUGGUUGUGUUUAUCCAAUGAAAGUCAGACUUCUUCUAGAAGUAUCAGUAUAUGCUGUUUUUCCACUCGUCAAUGAACUAGCGAUUGAGAUUGCAAAAGGCGCGUAUUUGACUCAAAGUCAAGUGGUUAUAUUGGGUGCCAGUUCUGAUAGCCAAAACCAGGAAAAAACAGUAAUUGAUGUAAACUUGGUACCUUUGGUAGAAAGAUUCGAUAAUUUGACUGCUUUACUCACUUAUGAGAGGUUUUGGUGCAAAAAACUCUCUCUGAAUAGAACUCUGUUUGGAGAUUACGAAGUGGUAUAUGUUAUAUAUCCAGGACUUCCUACUGCACCAAACGUCCCCAAUAUUGGACCAAGCAGAAGUCUUGAGACCCAAGAAUUCCCCAUAACUGUACAUUUUAAGGACAAAAGUCAGAAGCUGAACUCCACAACCAUUGUUGUGAUUGCUUUGUCUGCACUAGUUCUUUUGAUUGUUUGCUGUGCGGUUUUUGUUAUCUUGAAGUACAGAAAGGUGUGUAGUCCAGCAAAUGCCGCGGGACCUGAUUUUACAUUGUCUGCUAACAAGCGAUGUGGUCUUGGAACAUUGUUAUCAAGUGAUAAAGCAAGUUCCACAUUGGCAUCUGUUAUUUUCACCAUGCCCGAUUCUGUUCUAUCUGUUAAGAGGUUUGCACUAUGUGAGUUAGAGAAAGCCACUGAGAAAUUCAGCUCAAAAAAAGUCUUGGGUGUAGGAGGUUUUGGGUGUGUAUAUCAUGGGAUCAUGGAAGAUAGAACAGAAGUUGCCGUGAAAUUGCUUUAUAGAGAUAAUAACCAGAAUGGAGACCAUGAGUUUAUUGCAGAAGUUGAGCUGUUAAGCCGGUUGCAUCACCGUAACCUUGUUAAACUGAUUGGUAUAUGCAUGGAAAGACAUACGAGAUGCUUGGUAUAUGAGCUCGUUCCAAAUGGCAGCGUUGAAUCUCAUUUGCACGAUAAGCAAAAAGGACCCCUUGAUUGGGAUGCCCGAUUAAAGAUUGCGCUUGGUGCAGCAAGAGGGUUGGCUUAUCUUCAUGAAGAUUCUAAUCCUCGUGUGAUUCAUCGUGAUUUCAAGGCCAGCAACGUCUUGCUAGAAGAUGACUUUACUCCUAAGUUAUCAGAUUUUGGGUUGGCAAGGGAAGCUACAGAUGGAAAUCGUCAUAUCUCUACGCGAGUCAUGGGAACUUUCGGUUAUGUGGCCCCCGAAUAUGCCAUGACGGGCCAUCUCCUGGUCAAAAGUGAUGUCUACAGUUAUGGGGUCGUGUUAUUAGAGCUACUCUCAGGAAGAAAACCAGUAGACAUGUCUCAAUUUUCUGGUGAAGAAAAUCUCGUGACUUGGGCUCGCUCGCUUCUCACAACCGAAGAAGGUCUUCACCGCUUAGUCGACCCAACCCUUGCCCGUACCUGCGACUUCAAGGACAUGGCUAAAGUGGCUGCAAUAGCUUCCAUGUGUGUGCACCCUGAGGUGGCUCAAAGACCAUUCAUGGGUGAAGUAGUCCAAGCACUGAAACUCAUAUACAAUGAAAAAGAUGACACCACUACUCAACGGGACUCUUCUGCAGUAGAAUCCGACUCUAAAGGUGAUGGCAGCUGGUGGAACACCGGUGGAGAAGUAUCGCGGCGUUUAUUAUAUGACAAUGCUUCUCCUCUCUUUACAACAAUGGCCUAUAACUCGAGUUCUAAUGAAGUGGACGAGGAUUCUGCUAUCACUGGUCUUGAAAAUAGGUCCGGCCCGCUUAGGACGGGCCGAAUCAGGUCAGGGUUAUACAGAUUAACAGGAAGUAUGAGUGAACAUGGUGGGAGUAGGCAUCCUUCAAAGCCUUGUUGGAGUGAAGGUUUUUAUUUUUAGUUUGUUUUGGAAAUGUACAGAACUGGAAAAUGUAUAAACUCAGGUUUUGGAGGUAAAAUAGGUUUGGGCUGGGUUGUAUUGUAUGAAGAGAUGUCCCUCAUUAUAGGGAAUAGAAAGAAUAGAACAGAAU